AUGCUAACACCAGCAAGCAAACUGAAGUGGGGUGAUAGUCUUAAAAGGUACCAGGCAGCAGCCACAACACCUGACUCCACUCAGAGGAUUUCCGUGAGAGAAAAGUCGCUAACCCUAGAUGGGGGUUACUGCAAGGGUGGAAAAUUUCAGUUUGAAACUGAAGUUCCCGAUGCAUACAACUUGGUGCCUCCCAAAGUAAAGAGCUUGACCAGGCUCUGGCACCCCAACAUCACAGAGACGGCGGGACUAUGCCUAAGCUUACUGAGAGCAUGUUUGAUUGAUGGCACUGGCUGGGCUCCCAUGAGAACAUUAAAAGACGUUGUUUGGGGAUUAAACUCUUUACAUACUGAUCUUUUGAAUUUUGAUGGUCCACUGAAUAUUGAAGCUGAGGAGCAUCAUUUGCAGGACAAGGUGGACUUCCGGAAUAAAGUGGAAAACAACAGCUUGUGGUGGGCCACAUUCUAA